AAAAAUUUAAUUUGUCUUAUCCAGCAGGGUUUCGGAACGCAGCGCCACUUGGCGGUGGAGUGAAGCGACAGGGACACGUAUGUGUAAGCUUCGGCGGGAUCGUCUGCUUCGAUCAUUUCACACGUGGAAUUUGAAUGAAUGACACAAGAUAGCCCAAACAGGAGGUGAAAGCCCACCAUGUGAUGUGAAACGAAGAUGCGCAAACGUCCCAUCAGCGAGCAUCAAGAUUCAGUCGGAGACGGCACCCUGGCUCAAACCAAAGAUCCUUUGCUGAAGGAUGGCCGCGCAAGCGGGGACAGCCAUCACAACGACAAAGACCGCGUUGGUGGUGUGCGAGAAGAGUGGCGUAGCAUUGCACUCCUGCUGUUCCUGUACUUGCUUCAAGGCAUCCCACUGGGCCUUGGUUCAGCUGUGCCACUGCUGCUUCAGAACAGGCGCAUCAGCUACAAGGAACAAGCCCUGUUCAGCUUGGUGACAUGGCCCUUCAGCGUGAAGCUCCUAUGGGCCCCCAUCGUAGACUCUCUGUACUCGAGCCGCUUUGGGCGGCGCAAGUCGUGGCUGGUGCCCACCCAGUACGCCAUUGGCCUGUCCUUCUUCUGGCUGUCGUCGCACGUGCGGUUCCUGCUGGGCGACGAGGAAGGCAGCAGCGAGACGCAGCCCAGCGUUCUCAUGCUGACGCUCAUCUUCCUGUCGCUAAACUUCCUGGCGGCUACUCAGGACAUUGCCGUCGACGGCUGGGCCCUCACAAUGCUCUCACGGAGGCACGUAGGCUACGCCUCCACAUGCAAUUCUGUGGGGCAAACUGCCGGAUACAUCUUGGGAAACGUGGUCUUCUUGGCUCUCGAGUCGGCAGACUUCUGCAACCGCUACCUGAGAUCCGUACCUCAUAAGGAUGGUAUCGUCACUCUUGAUGGGUUCCUGUAUUUCUGGGGCAUCCUGUUCAUGGUGACGACAACCCUGGUGGCCUUGCUGAAACAAGAACGAGAUGCAUCUACCACAGAUGAGGAUGGCCACUCUGAUCUGGGUAUCGCUCAGACAUACAAGAUGGCGCUGCGCAUCUUUCAGCUCCCCAGUAUCCGCACGCAAUGCAUUUUUCUGUUAACGUGCAAGGUGGGCUUUGCUGCAGCUGACAGUGUGACGGGGUUGAAGCUCCUAGAGGCUGGCUUACACAGGGAAAAUUUGGCUCUGCUGGCAAUCCCGUUGGUGCCCAUGCAGAUUAUGCUGCCAUUCAUGAUAAGCAAGCAUACAGCUGGCAAUAGACCACUAGACGUCUUUUUCAAGGCCUACCCUUACAGGUUGCUCCUUGGAAUGGCGUUCAUGGUUCUCAUCCACUGGACAUAUCAUGUCAAGAAUCCAGAUGGAACGUUCCCUAUCUACUACUACAUAGUUAUUGUGGUUGUCUACGCAGUGCACCAGGUGACUGUAUACAGCUGUUUUGUGUCCUUGAUGGCAUUCCAUGCAAGGGUGAGCGACCCCGCCAUUGGGGGAACUUACAUGACUCUCCUCAACACCAUCACUAACCUGGGGAGCAAUUGGCCUGCAACACUCUCACUGUGGAUGGUGGACAGUCUCACUUUCAAGCGAUGUGUUGGUGCCACUAAGGGAUGGCUACACUGUUCAUCCAAGGAAGACCAUGAUGCAUGUAGCAGUCAAAGGGGCAUCUGCAACACUACAUUAGAUGGCUACAACAUUGAGAUGGUGCUCUGCAUCAUGCUCGGUUUCCUGUGGCUCUUGUAUGCACGGCGGAAAGCACACUGGUUGCAGUCGCUGCCACAGUCUGCAUGGAAGUGCACUUGAUCAUGCUGCAGAUAUUAAGCCUACCACAAAUAUGCGCAAUGAAAAUUUCGAUUACAAGUUGUUGAGCUGGCUGCCACUUGUUUGAUCAUUCAUAUGAUGCGUGUGCACUCAUGCUCUGGCUUGUUGUACAAAGCCUCAGUUGUAGUCCCGUGCAAAAGCAGUCCAACAUUUUUCAGACAUGUCUGUACAAAGUUUAUUACAUACAGUGCUCUGUACAAGCAUGGUCACAUUGUUUGUUUCUUUAAAGCUUAACACAUGCCUUCGGGACUAAAUAAGUGUGUAAUGCUUUUCAUAUAUUGUUCCAUGCAAGAAAAAAAAAAAGGAGGGGGGAGGAGUGGAGGUGCACAUGGAGCAUACUUUUCAGCAUCGCCAUGGUCAUCAUGACAAAGAGUGCAAUUGCAGACGUGGUUAUGGAACUUUAUUUUUAAACAUAUUAUUCCUGAUAGAGCCACUAGCUGAUAAUAAUGUGAAUAGUUUUUUUUUUCUUCUAAACUUGACAGCACACUAAAACUCCUCGCACGUGCUUCAAAGAAUCUUCAAUAGCCAGAUAUGUUUGAUGACAGACAUAUUUAUUGAUGACAAUAAUAAUAAAAAAAUUU